UGCUUCCGGUCGGCGGGAGCGGCUGAGGCAGAGCGGGCGGCGGCGGCGGCGGCGGCUCCGGUCACGGUGCCUCGGAGCCACCAUGAGCAUCCCUCAGCUCCUGCUGUGCCUGUCUCUGUCCAUGCUCUGCAUCUCCUCCAAGCCCACGGAGAAGAAGGACCGAGUCCACCACGAGCCCCAGCUCAGUGACAAGGUCCAUGACGAUGCCCAGAGCUUCGACUAUGACCAUGAUGCCUUCCUGGGUGCUGAUGAGGCCAAGACCUUCGACCAGCUCACACCAGAGGAGAGCAAGGAGAGGCUGGGAAAGAUUGUAAGUAAGAUAGAUGAAGACAAGGACGGGUUUGUAACGGUGGAGGAGCUCAAAGCCUGGAUUAAGUUUGCCCAAAAACGGUGGAUCUACGAGGACGUAGAGCGGCAGUGGAAGGGGCACGACCUCAAUGAGGACGGCCUUAUUUCAUGGGAGGAGUAUAAAAAUGCCACCUACGGCUACAUCUUAGAUGACCCGGACCCUGACGAUGGCUUCAACUACAAGCAGAUGAUGGUGCGGGAUGAGCGGCGCUUCAAGCUGGCUGACAAGGAUGGGGACCUGACGGCCACCAAGGAGGAGUUCACGGCCUUCCUGCACCCCGAGGAGUACGACUACAUGAAGGACAUUGUUGUGCAGGAAACCAUGGAGGAUAUAGACAAGAAUGGAGAUGGUUUCAUUGACCUGGAGGAGUACAUAGGUGACAUGUACAGCCACGAUGGUGAUGCCGACGAACCCGAGUGGGUGAAAACGGAGCGGGAGCAGUUUGUGGAAUUCCGGGAUAAGAACCGUGAUGGCAAAAUGGACAAAGAGGAAACCAAAGACUGGAUCCUCCCUUCCGAUUACGACCAUGCUGAGGCGGAAGCACGGCACCUUGUCUAUGAAUCCGACCAGGACAAGGAUGGCAAACUGACCAAGGAGGAGAUCGUGGAGAAGUACGACCUGUUCGUGGGGAGCCAGGCCACGGACUUCGGGGAGGCCUUAGUGAGACAUGAUGAGUUCUGA